CCUCCUCCUCCCCCCUCUCUGUCCCACUCAGGUUAGGACUUUAUUCCCUCCCUGGCCCGGAUCCCCCAGCAAACAAAGAGCUCCAGGCUGAUCAGGAUCCCCCCGACCCUGAAGGAAUUCGCUGGCUAUUGAUCGGAAGCAGAUGUCCCCCCGCUGCUCGCUGGUGCGCUCCCAUUGAUGCCCGGCCGGAGUGGACCAGAGAGGAGCUAAGUGUGCAGCCGUCUCUACCGGAGGCUUGUGCAGCAUGGGGCCACGGUGGAUAGGCAAGUUGGUGCUGGGAUGUGCGGCUCUCGCCUGCCUUGCCACUGAAGCGGCGAUGGGCCAGCAAGAGGGCGAGUUCAGGGCGGCAAGAUUCGCCGCUGUCGCCGACAGAGACUCACAGUCGCGGGUCAGGAGACGAGGCCAAGACAACUUGAGAGGGCCCAAUGUGUGUGGAUCUCGAUUUCAUUCCUACUGUUGUCCCGGAUGGAAAACAUUGCCUGGCGGUAACCAGUGUAUUGUGCCCAUUUGUCGGAACACUUGCGGUGACGGUUUCUGCUCCAGACCAAAUAUUUGCACGUGCUCCAAUGGACAGCUCUCGCCCGGUUGUGGAUCUGGCUCCGUUCAACAGUGCAAUGUCAGAUGCAUGAACGGCGGCUCCUGCGCGGACGACAGCUGUCUUUGCCAGAAGGGAUUCACCGGGACACACUGCGGGCAGCCCGUGUGUAAAAAUGGCUGCCAGAACGGAGGACGCUGCAUUGGACCAAGUCGCUGUGCGUGCGUGUACGGGUUCACGGGGCCACAGUGUGAGCGAGAUUACCGAACGGGACCGUGCUUCACGCAGGUCAACAACCAGAUGUGCCAAGGGCAACUGAGCGGCAUUGUGUGCACCAAAACCCUGUGUUGUGCCACCAUUGGCCGCGCCUGGGGCCAUCCAUGCGAGAUAUGUCCAGCACAGCCCCAUCCUUGUCGCCGAGGGUUCAUCCCCAAUAUCCGCAGCGGGGCUUGUCAAGAUGUGGAUGAAUGUCAGGCAAUCCCGGGCCUGUGCCAAGGAGGAAACUGCAUCAACACCGUGGGAUCCUACGAAUGUAAAUGCCCCGCUGGGCACAAACAGAGUGAUCAUUCCCAGAAGUGUGAAGAUAUUGAUGAAUGCAGCACAAUCUCGGGGGUGUGUGAUGGCGGAGAGUGUUCGAAUACCGCAGGGAGCUACGUCUGCGCAUGUCCACGUGGCUACAGCACCAGCCUGGAUGGCUCCAGGUGUAUUGACCAGCGAGCUGGCACCUGCUUCUCCAGCCUGCUGGGCGGUCGGUGUGCAGGAGACCUGCAUGGGCAUUACACUAAGAUGCAGUGUUGCUGUGACUCUGGGCGCUGCUGGGCGGCUGGCCAUACCCCAGAGAUGUGUCCUGUCAGGGGCUCUGAUGAAUAUCGCAGACUUUGCAUUGAGGGCCUUCCCUUCGGACCUGGAUACCUUGGCAUCGGAUUUCCAGGAUUUCCCGGUGGAAUUGGAUCCAACGGCCUUGGUCUCGGUGGGAUUGGGCCUGGUGGAAUCGGGCCUGGUGAUUUCAACUAUGGUGGAGUUGACUCUGGUGGGAUUAGACCUGGCGGGAUCAGGCCUGAUGGUAUCGGCCCGGGUGGAAUUGGGCCAGGUUUCACUGGCCUUCCCGGGACUGGGCCAGGGAUUGGUACGGCCACCUUGAAUCAGACCACGGACGUGUGUAAACACUACACCAACCUGUGCCUGAACGGGCGUUGCAUCCCGACACCAUCCAGCUAUCGCUGCGAAUGUAACAUGGGUUUCAAGCAGGACGUGCGUGGGGAAUGUAUCGAUGUCGAUGAAUGCUUCAGCAGUCCAUGUGUGAACAGUGACUGCUUUAAUACCCCCGGGGCCUAUUACUGCAAGUGCCACGAGGGUUUCCAGAGCACUGCUACCAAGCAGGCCUGCAUUGACAUAGAUGAGUGCAUCCAGAAUGGGGUUCUAUGUCGGAACGGCCGAUGUGUCAACACUGAUGGCAGCUUCCAAUGUAUCUGCAAUGCCGGCUUUGAACUCACCCCAGAUGGGAAGAACUGCAUGGAUCACGAUGAAUGUGCCACGACCAACAUGUGUCUCAAUGGGAUGUGUAUCAACGAAGAUGGCAGCUUCAAGUGUAUCUGCAAGAAUGGCUUCGUCCUCGCUCCAAAUGGACGCUACUGUGUGGAUAUCGAUGAAUGUCACACCCCCGGUAUCUGCAUGAACGGCCGCUGCAUUAAUUCAGAAGGUUCCUUCCGGUGCGAAUGUCCUCCAGGCCUGGCCAUUGGAGUCGAUGGACGUGUGUGUGUCGAUACUCACAUGCGCAGCACGUGCUACGGAGCCAUCAAGAAGGGUACCUGCGCCCGGCCCUUCCCUGGAGCAGUGACCAAGUCAGAGUGUUGCUGUGCUAGCCCGGAACAUGGCUUCGGGGAACCCUGCCAGCCCUGCCCGGCCAAGACCUCCGCUGAAUUCCAGGCUCUCUGUAGCAGCGGCAUCGGGAUCACAGCUGAUGGACGAGAUAUCAAUGAGUGCGCGCUUGACCCCGACAUCUGCGCCAACGGGGUUUGUGAAAACCUGCGCAGCAGUUACCGCUGCAUCUGCAACAUCGGCUACCAGACGGACAUCAGCGGCAAGAACUGCGUCGAUAUUGAUGAGUGUUCGGUCAACAUGCUGCUGUGUGACAACGGACUGUGCCGUAACACCCCCGGCAGCUACACCUGCACCUGCCCCACUGGCUACAUCUUCAAACCCGACACUGAAACCUGUGAAGAUGUGAACGAGUGUGAAUCCAGCCCAUGUGUGAACGGUUACUGCAGGAACAUGGCCGGCUCGUUCAUCUGUGAGUGCUCGCUGGGCAGCAAGCUGGACCCAACCAGAACCAUCUGUAUCGACAGCAUGAAGGGGACGUGUUGGCUGAACAUUCAGGGCGGGCGCUGCGAAGUGAAUAUCAACGGAGCCACUCUGAAGUCGGAGUGCUGUGCCACACUGGGAGCGGCGUGGGGGAGCCCCUGUGAACACUGCGAGCAGGAUGCUUCCUGCCCCAGAGGCUUUGCCAGAGUGAAGGGCAUCAGCUGUGAAGAUGUGAACGAGUGUGACGUAUUCCCGGGCGUUUGCACGAAUGGGCGCUGUGUGAACACGCAGGGCUCCUUCCAGUGUGACUGUCCACAAGGGCUGACUCUGGAUGGAAGUGGGAGAACGUGCGUUGAUGUCCGGCUGGAACACUGCUACCUGAAGUGGGAGGAGGACGAGUGUACGGAGCCGGUGGGCGGCCGUUUCCGCAUCGACGCCUGCUGUUGCUCCAUCGGCAACGCCUGGGGCGCGGACUGCGAGGAGUGCCCACAACCUGGGACGCCCGAGUACCAGGCCACUUGCCCGCGGGGACCAGGGUUUGCCAACAGGGGCGACAUCUUGACGGGGAGACCGUUCUACAAAGAUAUCAAUGAAUGCAAAGUCUUCUCCAGUCUCUGCACAUAUGGAACCUGUCGCAACACAAUUGGCAGCUUUAAGUGUCGCUGCGAGAAUGGCUUUGCCCUGAACAUGGAGGAGAGAAAUUGUACCGAUAUCAACGAGUGUCGCAUUUCCCCGGAUCUGUGCGGGCAGGGAGCCUGCGUGAACACGCCGGGCAGCUUUGAAUGCGAGUGCUUUGACGGAUACGAGAGUGGCUUCAUGAUGAUGAAGAACUGCAUGGACAUCGAUGAGUGUGAGAGGGACCCCUUGCUGUGUCGGGGCGGAACCUGCGUGAACACUGACGGCAGCUACGAGUGCAUCUGCCCCCCGGGUCAUGAGCUGACCCCCGAGGGUGAUGGUUGCGUGGAUAUCGACGAGUGCUCGCUGAGCGACAACCUGUGUAAGAACGGCCGCUGUGUGAACAUGAUUGGGACUUACCAGUGUGCCUGCGAUACUGGUUACCAAGCAACCAGCGACAGACUGGGCUGUGUGGAUAUUGAUGAAUGUACCAUCAUGAAUGGGGGGUGUGACACGCACUGCACAAACUCGGACGGAAGCUACGAAUGCAGCUGUGGUGAAGGCUACGCCCUGAUGCCCGACAAGAGGACAUGUGCAGAUAUUGAUGAAUGUGAGGAGAAUCCUGAUAUUUGUGACGGCGGACAAUGUACCAACAUCCCCGGAGAAUAUCGCUGCCUCUGCUACGAUGGCUUCAUGGCUUCCAUGGACAUGAGGACCUGUCUGGAUGUCAACGAGUGUGAUCUGAAUCCAAACAUCUGUCUCCAUGGCGAUUGUGAGAACACCAAAGGCUCUUUCAUCUGCCAUUGCCAGCUGGGAUACUUUGUGAAGAAGGGAACCACAGGAUGUACAGAUAUCGACGAAUGCGAGAUUGGAGCUCACAACUGCGACCUGCACGCCUCUUGUGUGAAUGUGCCGGGGAGCUUCAAGUGCAAGUGCCGCGACGGCUGGAUUGGAGAUGGUCUCGAGUGCAUCGAUCUGGACGAAUGCGCGACUGAGGAGCACCAAUGCAACCCCAGCGCCAACUGCAUGAACACGCCGGGCUCGUACCGCUGCGCUUGCAAGGAUGGCUUCAGCGGAGAUGGCUUCAGCUGCUCAGAUGUCGAUGAGUGCGCAGAGAAUGUGAACCUGUGUGAGAACGGGCAGUGCCUGAACGCUCCUGGGGGGUACCGGUGCGAAUGUGAAAUGGGGUUCACGCCCACAGAGGACAGCAAGGCGUGCCAAGACAUUGAUGAAUGCACCUUCCAGAACAUUUGUGUUUUCGGCAAUUGCCAGAACCUGCCCGGAAUGUUCCGCUGUGUCUGUGACAAUGGGUACGAGCUGGACAGGAGUGGCGGCAAUUGUACAGAUAUCAAUGAAUGUGCGGAUCCGGUGAAUUGCAUCAACGGCCUCUGUGUGAACACCCCGGGCAGCUACCUGUGUAACUGCCCCACGGAUUUUGAGUUGAACCCUACCGGGGUUGGUUGUGUGGACACUCGCGUGGGUAACUGCUAUCUGGAGACGUUGCCAAGGGGUGACGGGGGCAUUUCGUGCAGUGCAGAGAUCGGCGUUGGAGUCACUCGAGCCUCAUGCUGCUGCUCGCUGGGAAGAGCGUGGGGCAACCCCUGCGAAUUCUGCCCCCCUGUCAAUUCAACCGAGUACAAGACACUUUGUCCCGGAGGAGAGGGUUUCAGACCAAACCCCAUCACCGUUAUCUUAGAGGAUAUUGAUGAGUGUCAGGAAUUGCCUGGCCUGUGCCAAGGUGGAAAUUGUGUCAAUACAUUUGGAAGUUUCCAGUGCGAGUGCCCAGCUGGUUACUACCUGAACGAGGAUACGCGCAUCUGUGAAGAUAUCGAUGAGUGCACCACCCACAUUGGAAUCUGUGGGCCAGGAACAUGCUACAAUACCCUGGGCAACUACACCUGUGUCUGCCCUCCAGAAUACAUGCAGGUCAAUGGGGGAAACAACUGCAUGGAUAUGAGGAAGAGCGUCUGCUACCGUAACUUCAACGACACGUGCGAGAACGAGCUGUCGUUCAACAUGACCAAGAAGAUGUGCUGCUGCUCGUACAACGUGGGCAAAGGCUGGAACAAGCCGUGCGAACCCUGCCCAACGCCGGCCACAUCUCAAUACCAGCUCCUGUGUGGGAACCAGGCCCCAGGCUUCAUCAUUGACAUUCACACAGGCAAGCCCGUCGAUAUUGAUGAGUGUCGGGAAAUCCCUGGCAUUUGUGCGAACGGCGUGUGCAUUAACCAGAUUGGGAACUUCCGCUGCGAAUGUCCGAUGGGAUUCAGCUACAACAACGUGUUCCUCAUCUGUGAAGAUAUCGACGAGUGUACCAACGGCGAUAACCUGUGCCAGAGGAACGCAGACUGCAUCAACAUCCCCGGCAGCUACCGCUGCGAAUGCUCCCCAGGGUUUAAACUCUCACCUAGUGGAGCGUGCGUGGAUCGUAACGAAUGCCAGGAGAUCCCGAACGCCUGCAGCCACGGAGAAUGUAUCGACACGGAGGGAAGUUACCGCUGCCUGUGCCACAAUGGAUUCAAAGCCACAGCAGACCUGACGAUGUGUAUGGAUAUCGAUGAGUGCGAUCGGCAGCCCUGUGGGAACGGGACCUGCAAGAACACGGUGGGCUCCUACAACUGCCUCUGCUUCCCUGGAUUCGACCUCACGCACAACAAUGACUGCAUGGAUAUCGAUGAGUGCUCAACUCUGAUCGGCCAGGUGUGUAGAAAUGGACAAUGCAUAAACAGCAUUGGAUCCUUCCAAUGCCUGUGCCAGGACGGCUAUGACCUACCACCCGAUGGGAAGAACUGUGUUGAUAUCAACGAAUGCAUCAGCUACCCUGGCACUUGUGCCCCCGGGACCUGCCAGAACUUAGAUGGUUCUUUCCGAUGCAUCUGCCCGCCUGGCUACGAGGUCCAGAAUGACCACUGCAUUGACAUUAACGAGUGUGAGGAGGACCCCAACAUCUGCCUGUUUGGUUUCUGCACCAACACGCCUGGAAGCUUCCAGUGCAACUGCGCCCACGGCUUCGUACUCUCCGAGAACGGAAGGAGAUGCUUCGAUACCAGGCAGAGCUUCUGCUUCACCAGGUUUGACAACGGCAAAUGUUCCGUACCCAAGGCCUUCAACACAACCAAAGCCCGCUGCUGCUGCAGUAAGAUGCCCGGGGAGGGCUGGGGUGACCCCUGUGAACUCUGCCCUCAGCAGGAAGAAGUUGCUUUCCAGGAGCUGUGCCCAUACGGUCACGGAGCCAUCCCGGGCAUUGGGGACACCCGUGAAGAUGUGAACGAGUGCGUGGAGAACCCUGGGAUCUGCGUUAACGGACAUUGCAUUAACACGGAUGGUUCCUUCCGGUGCGAGUGCCCCCUGGGAUACAACUUGGAUUUCACAGGAGUCAACUGCGUUGAUAUCGUCGAGUGCAGCAUCGGUAAUCCUUGUGGCAACGGUACCUGCAUCAAUGUUAUUGGAGCCUUUGAGUGCGAAUGUGACGAUGGAUUUGAACCAGGACCGAUGGCAACUUGUGAGGACAUUAACGAAUGUUCCCUCAACCCGCUGCUGUGUGCGUUCCGCUGCAUCAAUAACUACGGCGCCUAUGAGUGCACUUGCCCGGGAGGCUACACCCUGAGGGAGGACCGCAAGAUGUGUAGAGAUUUGGACGAGUGUUUGGAGGGAUUACACAACUGCGAGACCCAAGGAAUGUUAUGCAAGAAUCUGAUUGGAACCUUCAUGUGUAUAUGCCCGCCUGGGAUGAUGCGAAGACCGGAUGGAGAGGGCUGCAUGGAUGAAAAUGAAUGCCGGACCAAGCCAGGGAUCUGCAAGAACGGACGGUGCAUUAACACCGUGGGCAGCUACCGGUGUGACUGUAACGAAGGGUUUUUGGAAAAUCCAUCAGUGACAGAGUGUCUCGAUAAUCGCCAGGGCUUCUGUUUCGUCGAAGUGCUGCAGACCAUGUGCCAGAUGUCGUCCACCAACCGCAACCUGGUCACUAAAUCGGAAUGUUGCUGUAACGGGGGCAGGGGAUGGGGGAACCAGUGUGAGCUGUGCCCCUUGCCGGGAACCACCCAGUACAGGAAGAUGUGCCCGCACGGACCUGGCUAUGCCACGGAUGGGAGAGAUAUCGAUGAAUGUCGAGUGAUGCCGAACUUGUGCAAGAAUGGACAGUGCAUAAACACUAUGGGCUCCUUCCGCUGUUUCUGCGAAAUUGGAUACACCACGGAUUUAACAGCUACCGCCUGCAUUGAUCUCGAUGAGUGCGUCCAAUCACCCAAACCAUGUAACUUCAUCUGCAAGAACUCGGAAGGAAGCUACCGAUGCUCGUGUCCAAGAGGUUACAUCCUGCAAGAAGAUGGCAAGACUUGUCGAGAUCUGGAUGAAUGCUCCACCAAGCAGCACAAUUGCCAGUUCCUCUGUGUAAACACCAUCGGAUCCUUCGCCUGCAAGUGCCCGCCUGGAUUCACACAGCACCACACGUCGUGUAUCGACAACAACGAGUGCAUGGGUCAGUCUCCGAUCUGUGGAUCAAAGGGCACAUGCCAGAAUGCACCGGGCAGUUUCAGCUGCGAUUGCCAAAAAGGAUUCCUAUUAGAUGACACUGGUCUCAACUGUGAAGAUGUAGAUGAAUGCGACGGCAACCACCGCUGCCAGCAUGGCUGCCAGAACAUGCUGGGUGGAUACAGAUGCAGUUGCCCACAAGGAUACAUGCAGCACUACCAGUGGAACCAAUGUGUGGAUGAGAACGAGUGCAGCAAUCCCACCGCGUGUGGCGCUGCCUCGUGUUACAACACCCUGGGCAGCUACAAAUGCCUCUGCCCAUCCGGCUUCGACUUUGACCAGUACGGUGGGGGAUGUCAGGACGUGAACGAGUGCUCAGCCUCGGGAAACCCCUGCUCUUACGGCUGCUCCAACACAGACGGUGGCUACCUCUGUGGCUGCCCAGGCGGUUACUACCGAGCGGGACAAGGACACUGUAUAACUGGAAUGGGCUUCGGGAACGGCCAGUAUCUGCCUGAGGAGGAGGAGGAGGUGGCGGAGGAGAAUGUGCUGUCGCCCGAGACCUGUUACGAGUGUAAGAUCAACGGCUAUCCCAAGAGAGGCAGGCACAGGAGGAGCGCCAACGGCACUGGAUCCCAUGAGAAUCACAAAAUUAGUCUGGCGAGUUUGGACAUCGACGUGCCGAUCCCACUGAAUGUGAAUAUCUCCAACAUGGGAAUCCAUGAUCACAUCAUGGAAUUCCUGCCAGCCAUCGAGCCCCUGGAAAACCACGUGCGAUACAUCAUCUCCGGCGGGAACGAGGCCAGCUUCUUCCGGAUACACCAGAAGAGCGGACUCAGUUACCUCCAUCUCAGCCACAAAAAGCCGGUGCGAGGGAAGUACACUCUGGAGAUUUCCAGUCUGCCUCUGUACAGGAAGAAAGAACUCCUGAAACUGGAAGAUGAGAAUGACGUUGACUACCUCGUGGGCGAUCUCGGUGAGGCCCUUCGAAUGAAACUCCAGAUCCAUCUUCUCUGAUGUUCCUUACUCUGUCUCUCUCGGAGGGGGUGAAAAGCCCAUUUUAAAUAGCACCUCAGCACCAAUCUGCCAACGUGAUACUUGAUGAUGGGAUACUGGGCUGUGUCAGCCCAACAAAAUCUUAUAACAAUACUCCUAUUCAUACGGCCAACAUUCUGUCACAAUCUCACACAUGCAACAGGUUUAUCAGGCACUAAUUGAGUAGGUAGAAGGGCUCGUUAAUAUUUAAGAUUAGGGAUUGGAGUAUCCCAGUUUUCCUGUGUGAAGUUUAGUCUUCUUGCGUAAUGGGCGCGCACGGCCUAAAGUUAUAGGACAAAACUCGUUCUAUUUGAUCUUAUUUGAUUGU